AUGGUGUCGAACAACGAAUGGGUCCCAAAAGAAGACCGACUUGUGCGGGAUGAGCUAUACAAAUUGGAGAUGAAGAUACGAGCCUGGGCAAGGAGCUAUAGCGUGCAAUCUAUAUCCGAUCUGGCGGAUAUUUCGGAUAGCGAAAGAAGUAAUAUCAUGAGUCAAAUCGGACACUGCUCUGCUGAAACGGAUUGGGGUUCUCUGAUGCAAAAGAUGCCAAUCUCUUCGGAGAAGAUCCCGGCAAUCAUUAUCCAAGCCUUGCUAGCGAAAGAUGUGUUCGAAAAAAUAUUUGCGGACCCGUUCUUUGCUUUCCCUAUUUUCGGUGAUGAUGGAGUUCUGCCGAAGCCAUCGGGAAUGAGAAAUCUCUACUACACUAUGCUACAAAUUGAUGAGGCAGAAGCCCAUACUUGGCGCUCCCAGACACUACGACUUCUUUGGAAUGCACUCGAUCCUGAUUCUAAGCAUGCCUUGCAGCAGAAGCUUGGGGAGUUUGCCAGGGAGAGAGCGUUGGUAUUUCUGGCCACCCCGGGAAGCCAGUUUUUAAGAGAGCUCGGGAAGGCAGAAAAUGAGACCAAGUGCCUGCAUGAGCUCCAAGUGUUAUUUAAUGAUGCAACCGAGCUUUCUUUGUCUUUGUGGACUCACAGGGCCUUCAUGGCAGUCAGGUCACAGCGGGAUCUCCCCGUUUUCACGGUCAGUAGCUCGGUUAUGAGUGCACAUCGUUUGCACCAGCUCGACGAGGACGAUCAGCGACUGGAUGGCAGCAAAGUGCUUCUUGUUGUUCAGCCUGCUGUGCUGGCCUGUGGCGAUGAGAAUGCCGAGUCCUAUCAUCAGUGGAAAACUUGGACACCUGCAAAUGUACUGGUAGACAUGUCCUAA